AGCACCUGCUUCAACCACAAACAUGGCUGCGCCCAUGGAAGACAUACGAGUCUUAGAAUUGUACAGUGGAAUUGGUGGGAUGCAUUAUGCCCUGAAAGCUAGUGGUCUGAAUUUCCAUGUCAUUCAGGCAAUGGAUGUCAACACGAAUGCGAACGAAGUUUAUAAACACAAUUUUCCCGACACAAAAAUAAACAGUAGCUCUAUUGAGGCACUGACGUCUGCCCAGUGGUCAGCUAUGAAAGUGGACAUGGUGCUAAUGAGCCCGCCUUGCCAGCCAUUCACCCGUGUAGGCAAACAGCAGGAUGUGAACGAUGUUCGUACUCGAUCAUUCCUACACAUUCUUCACCUCAUAGAAAAAAUAGAAGACAAGCCAUCCUACAUACUGGUGGAGAAUGUGAAGGGCUUUGAUGCAUCUGAGUCACGACAACGAUUGUUGGACACUCUCAACAGAUGUGGCUACAAUGUCAGGGAAUAUUUGCUGACUCCCCUCCAGUUUGGUAUUCCCAAUUCCAGACUGAGAUAUUUCCUGAUUGCAAAGAAACAACCCCUUUCGUUCCAUUUUGACAAUUGUCUAACAUCACUGGACAAUUGCGGAGAUUCUCCAAACAUUCAGAUUCAAACAUCUCUUCCCCAAGUUUGCGUCGAUUGGAUGACAUUCAGACAAAAAGCCCUAGAUGAGCCAUCAGAAGCGUUGACUCAGUCUUGUUGCUGUGGAGCAAUUCUUAAACAAGAAAGAAUAGAUUCACAAAACAAAACUUCUGAAUCCGGAGAAAGUUCUUGCAAACGUAUAAAAUUGGACAAUAAGAGUUGUAGUGAUUCUGUUGAACUUACUUCUGAAGUUGUCUUAAAUUGUGAUACACAAAGCGGCAAUGGUUUGACUUGUAUUUGUUUAGAAAACUAUGGCAGAAACAUGAGACAGAGUAACGAAAAUGAUCCACUGUCACACAAACCAUGCUUGCCACUGCACUGCUUUCUAAAAGAAGAUAAUAUGUCAGAUGAAGAAUUUGAAAAAUAUAAAGUACCCGACAAAGACUUGAAAAGAUUUGUUAUCAUGGAUUUGGUGAAUCCUUGUUCCAAGAAGACAAACUGUUUUACAAAAAGGUAUGGCCACUAUGUUGAGGGAGCAGGAUCUGUGGUUCUGACAACCCAGCAUGUCAAGAGCAUCGAAAGAGCUUCUGUUCUCAAGGGAGCAAUAGUUUUAGCCGAGAAGAAACAUGAUUGGACGGAUGAGGACAUUGAAGUCGUCCGCUGUCUUCACCUUAGAUACUUCACACCUCGAGAAAUAGCUAAUAUCCUGUGCUUCCCAGCGGACCUCGGUUUUCCGGAUAGUUUGUCAACACGGCAGUUGUAUAUGUUGCUUGGAAACAGCUUGAAUGUUCACAUCGUCUCCGUUCUGCUUCGCCUGUUGACCGUUGGAGAUAACGUUUCUUAACUUUUUUGCAAAGUGAAAAUAAAAAUAAAUAUAUCUGUCUGAAUU